CAUAUGCAGCUCGAGUCCUCGUCGUGUACUCGUCGAUCAUAUAUACUUCCUUCAGUCGGUCACUUUCCCGCCGUUUUACUCGCAUGGUCGGCAACGGCUUUUUUCCUCUCCGACAGGGCAAAAUAUGACCUGCUUGUGUCCCAAGAAAGAUUCAAUCAAAGCCAUGACCAUGAACGAAAGCUACUAAUUUCCUGCGCUUCAAAUAGACCCUACCCAGAUAAUGUUCCUGGACAGCAUAAUCCAACGGAGACUAGCGUCUCUAUUGCAGCCCUGGUUGCGAGAAGAGCCGGAGUUGGAAGUCAAAUUAGGGUUUAUAAAUUCUCAGGCGGUCGCGAAGGACUUGCGCUUCGACACUUCGGUUCUCAACCAGCUCUUCGACGAGCCCUCUCGUCUUUCCUUCAAAGAGGUCACCGUCGAACGCUUGAGCUUCUGGUUCUCGAAUUGGUAUGUCCCCGCCUUCAAGAUCGAACUUAAAGGCAUCCAUGUGACUCUAUCACCUGGGGAGGUGAUGGAAGAGGGACGUUCGAGAAGGGUGGGGGAACCAAAGGAUACGUUUUCCGUGGCUAUGAAGAAGACGCUUUCCAUGCUUGAUCCUGAGGGUAGUGCUUUGCAUGACAUUCUUGAAAGGAUCUUUGCCACCAAGCCUUCAAGAAAUCGGUUUAAUACAUCUUUUUUCAUUCUUAUGCUCAAAUACUGUCAACUUCAGACGCAUGAUAUCAGUCUGAAUGUGGAGUUCCCCAUCUCGAAUGAUUCGUUUAUGUAUUGGUCGAAAAUAAAGGAGUUCAAUGCAGAAUCUCAAUGUCUCCCUCAUGGCUGUCUUGCUAGGGGUAUUUUUGGUGCAAUUUUUAUACCUUUGAAAAAGAUCACUUAUAUUGCCAAUGGUAGUGGUUUCGAGAUUGGCUGCAAGAGAAAAGAUCAAAUUAACCACUUGCUACUGUCAAAAGAUCUGUUCGCUCAAAUCAAUUUGGAUGAUCUUCAUCUUGUGGACUUCAUUCUUAGGGUUCCAGAAUUAAGCUUGUUUUUUUCUCCAGCUGAUGUUUCUAUGUAUUCAGCAUUGGGUAAAAUAUCUCCCAAAGAACCUAAGCAUGCUAGAGAUGGUAGACAACUGUGGAAAUUAGCUGCAAGCAAAGUUAGCCAUGGAACUUCAGCUCCCAGAUUCUCAUUACAUAAACUUGUUAUUGUUGCUCGUCUCUGGCUACAUUAUGUCAAUGCAUAUGAGCAUAUAUUGUCACUAAUUGGAUAUCCUGCCAACCACUUUUUAGAAAGAUUUUGUACUGAGAUAUCCAAGGACAAAAUGGUUUUGAGUUCUGCUUGUUACCAUUGGAAGUUGAUCACUGAUGUUGAGAAAGAGCUGCCUGCUGAAGCUAUUUCACAGGCACGGCGCGUUGCCCGUUACAGAGCAGCAUCCAGUGUACAAUGUGUCAAAGAAACCAACAAUGAAUCUGUUGUUGAUAAUCACUUCAAGAUUAUUUCCAAGAUCCUUCAUCUACUAGCAUUUAUUUUGAAACUCAUAUGCAACAUGCUCCUAGUAGUUGUAAAAUUAUUAUGUUUGAGGAAAGUUUUGGCUCAAGAGCCAAAAGAUGAUGGGCACUGUGGACCUAUAUCUGAAGAUCCCUAUUCACGCAGUUGCUUCAUUUUGAACCUUGGGAAAAUUUUAAUCACUAUCUGUCAAAUGGAAGAAAUACAACCUUCUGUAAAUGAGAAGUUAAAAUCACAUAUCGGGAUCUCUUAUUCCAAUCUCCUUUCGUUCUCUCUUUCAAUUGAUGAAGUGUUACUAGUAUAUGGACGAAAAACUUGUGAACAGUCUUUCUUUUUAUCCUGUGGGCAAUUGAAGAUUAAUUCAUCAUCUUCUAUGGGGGCUUCCCUUAGGAAGGUCAAGUCAAAAAAUCAUUCCAGUUUUGUAAAACAACAUAGGAAGCCGAAGGAGGGAGUUAAUAAUCUUUCUGUUUUGUGGUCUGAGCCUGCACAAAAGUUCUUCCUUCCAGAAACUAGUCAUUCUGGCUCUGGUGCUGCUGAUGAAGCUACUUGCAGACCGAUUCUGGAAAACUUUCUGGAAGAAAUGUGGUUGAGUUGGGAAAGAGCUUGUGUGAAAUUUGAAGAAAGUCAUAUUGCAUAUUCAGAGAAUCCAAGCCUUCUCUGUGAGAUCAAAAACUUUUUGACAUAUUCUGGAUCUUUGAAAUGCAGUUUGAUACUAGGAAAGCUGAAUUUGGCUUUGGAAUAUUCAUCAAUAUUAUCAAUAUAUCUGCUUCUUAGGCAUACACAAGGUGUCCUAAGCUGGGCUAAGGACUGUGGGAAAGCAAGAAUUCUUUCAGAUUCUUCACGAAGCGUAGAUGAACAACCAGAAAUCAGGAUGGAUAGUAAAUACAAGUACAAUGGUAGCAGAUUGAAGACAGCCUUGCUUAAAGUGCUUCCUGAAAAAAAUGUUGAACUUGGGAUACUUAUAACUGGUCCUCACAUCCGCAUGUCAUUGAGAAAGGAAUUUGAUGAUAUGAAUAAAAACAUGAGCCAUACAGUCAAUCACGAUGAUUUUCACUUUGCUUUUGAUGUUCAUAACAUUGAAGUUGCUGUUUGGCCAACUUCCAGAACAGAUCUGGCAUCAUUGGUUGGGCCUCAAGGUUCUGAAGAAGCUGAAAAGAAAUGCCUCUUGUUUAAAGAGCCUCAUAUUAUUGAUGUUCCUAAAUCGAAUAAUGAAAAGUAUGUGUCUCAUGGUUGUAUUUCACUUGUUUCAUAUUUGCAAUUUAAUGGUUUAAAUGCUUAUGUGGAGGACUCAGUGAAGUUACAACAAAGUCAAAUUUUGGAAUCAAAGCCCAUGACACUCCAGUUAUCGUCUUUCAGGGAGUGUGUUCAUACAUUUGGUACAGCUAUUGUCGCUUUCUCAGCAGCUUUGUGUGGGAGUGCUAUGGGAUUCUCUGUUUUAUCAUAUAUGGACGAGUUGUAUGUUCUCUUUCAGGUGGUUGGAAGUUUAUCGUCUGCAGUAUCAGAUUUGUAUAGUAGCUUCGAUCUUAUUGGUCCUGCAGCUCAAGAAUAUAUCAGGCAAGAGUUUGUGCUUGCUGAACCUGAAAAAGCGGACAUAGCAGUGAAAGGAGCUCCCUUGAUUUAUGAUAGUAUCCUAUUUAGAAUCCAUGGGACCUUCAAACUCAAGUCAGUGGAUAUGGUUAUUCAUGUUUCUAGAAUGAGCGAUAAUGUGGAGAGUUCUAUGAGACUUUUUGAUGCUUUAACUAGGAGAAAGUUUGCUGAGACUGGCUUGUCUGGUUGUGGAAUUUGGUUAUCUGUUAAGCAAACAAGCGUUGAGAUAUUGGGCAAGGAACAAGUGGAAGUGCUCACUGAUUUGUCAGGAGUACAGUCUGUAAUUUUUAGAUAUCAGAAUGAAAGAGGAAAACUUACUGAUCACCCUGUACUGAAGGAUCUGUUGCUGCAAUCUCUUAAUUGCUUAUAUGAAGUAUCACUUUCUAAUUGCAUCAUUACUUUAUGGUUGGCUCCCCCUCCUGAAAUUGCAUCUUCUUCCUAUAGUCUCAGCAACAUGGUUGAAAGUUCCUCUAUGAAAAUUGAUUCUGAAAGGCCAACUCAUUGGUUAGUCAUAAAUGUUGAACUGGGUGAGAUUUCUAUGGCAAGAAGCUCUCAAAAGAAUGUUCUGGUUGGACUACAUCAGUUGAUUAAGCUUCAAUCAUCUCUUUCUGUUGGCGGUGAAUUUCAAACAAUCUCGUGGAGAAGUCAGGGUGGUAUCAUUUUCCUUGAAACAACAGCUUUGGCAAUGUUCACUCGAUGUUUUGCAUCAUAUCUUCACUGCGCCACACAUCUUUUCUCUCUCACUCAAUCAUCUGCCGAACACAAGGAAAAAUCUUUACGUGAUGUGUCAGGGACUCAACCAAAUGAUAAUUCUGUUAAGGAGCAUGCUCAAAAGACUCUCUAUGCAUCUCUGCAAGCCAAAAAGCAACUGAUCGAAGCUUUUCUAAUAGACGUGUCCCAGUUUUCUCUUGUCCUUGUGGUUGAAGACGAAUCUAGUGGUGUUCGGGAAUUCAUACUUGAGGUUGAUAUGAAGUUUGAGUUAGCAAAUAUGAGAAGGAAAUUUAAAUUUGACCUUUCUCGAUUAUCAAUCUUGUCUCAAGUCCUUCAUGAUAGUCUGGAAAAGCAAAUGCAAAUUCCUCAUUUUUCUUCUGGCACAUUAUCCGGGGAUUCUGCUAUAGGAUUUCAACAUAAAAAUGAGAUUCAUUCAGUUAAUGAAGCAAGUUGCUCCAGUGAUCCUGUUCCCCAGAACGAAGUUUUAGUAAAAAAUUGUGAAUCUAAGGUAUUCCAUUCAAGUCAUCAGAACCAAAUCUUGAAGCAAUUAUGUGCUUCUAUGGCAGUGGAGAAGCAAGAUAAUGUUCCUUUGCACCUAAAUCAGGUUUGGGUGGGCAGUGGUUUGGUUUCUGGAUUUGAUUUGACAAUUUCACUGUCUGAAAUACAGAUGAUUUUGUCUACAUUCUCAUCCUUCUCUGGGUUAUUUGGCAUGAAAAUGACAAGCAAAUCAAACGAAAGGCAUGGGUCCAGUAGCCAUGAAUUGGAAAAUAGUAUGGAAGAAAUGGUUCCAAAUGGAGCAAUUGUUGCAAUUCAAGAUGUCCACCAGCACAUGUACUUUACUGUUGAGAGUGGAGAAAAUAAGUACAGUUUAGUUGGGGCGGUUCAUUAUUCUCUUGUUGGAGAAAGGGCGCUUUUCAGGGUCAACUACCACCAUCAAAGAAUAUGGAUGUCGCAAGUUGUAUGGUUCUCCUUGAUAUCAUUGCAUGCCAAGAAUGAUUUGGGGGAACCCUUGCGUUUAAACUAUAGUCCAGGAUCAGGUUUUGUUGACAUCUCUAGCACUAACGAUAGGAGUUGGGCCCUUUGGAGAUUACUUUCUUGUGAGCCCAAAAGUUAUAAGGGCGAUAUAGACUGGGAGCCUUACAAUCAGUUGGUUAAAAGGACCUUUUACCUCGUGAACAAGAAGAAUGAUUGUGCUGUUGCUUUCGUUAAUGGAAUUCCAGAGUUCGUAAGGAAGCCUGGAAAUCCAUUCAAGUUGAAAGUAUUCCAUCAUCUUUCCUUGGCUCGUAAUACUGUAAAGCUAGAUAGUCACCCUGUGGAAGCUCCGCAAACUAGUCUGCAACAUGAUGCACAUCUGGGUGAAGAGAAAGCUUCUGGGCUGAGCAAUAAUCCCCCUCGCAUUGAUAUCAGAAUUGACAAAAUUUCUCUCACCGUUGUUCAUGAACUCUUGGAUACAAAGGACAGAUUCCCUCUCCUUUGUGGUUGCAUUAGUAAUGUUAAUCUUAUUCUACAAGUUCUAUCUACUAAAACCCGUGUUAUAAGCACAUCAAGUACUGCAGUAUAUUACUUUGAUGCCCAAAGAAGCUUAUGGCGAGAACUUCUUUACCCUGUUGCAAUAUGCAUAUUUUACCGUUCUAGUUCCCAGAUUCAGGAUUCAGAAGCUCUUUCACAUGGAGUGCCUGUUCAUAUCUAUUGCAGAUUUAGUGAGUUAAACAUAUCCCUGACUGAGCUUUCAUUAGACAUGCUUCUCUUUGUCAUUGGGAAAUUAGAGUUGGCUGGUCCUUAUUCAGUGAAAAGCUCCAUGAUUCUAGCCAAUUGCUGCAAGGUAGAGAACCAAUCAGGCUUAAACCUUCUUUGUCAAUUCUACAAUGAGCAAAGUUUAUCAAUAGCUAGAAAUCAGUCGGCUUCUGUUUUUUUAAGGAACUCAGGUAUAGCCAACCAAUCUCCAGAAAUCAAAUCAGUUGUUUCACUUCAACUUGCCAAUCUUGGAUCCCUCAAAACUUCUCCCAUUCGCAUUUCGCUUUUAGAAGCUCAAGCACUCGCCUGCAGGACACGAAUAAUGUCGGUCGAAGAUUCAAAAACAUACCCUGGGCCUUUUCUAGUAGUUGACAUUUCAAGAAAAUCUGAGGAUGGAUUGUCAAUUGUAGUUUCUUCUUUGACAAGAAUACAUAAUGAAACUGGAUUCGCUAUGGAGUUACGAUUUCAACGACGGGAACAUAAUGACAAUGAGAUUGCUUCUGCAUUGCUAAAAUCGGGAGAAACAAUUGACGAUUCCGUGGCCAUGUUUGAUGCUGUAAGUUUGUCAGGUGGAUUAAAGAAGGCACUGGUAUCUAUAAGUGUUGGUAACUUCUUAUUUUCCUUCAGACCUGAAUUUUCAGAUGGCUCAACAAAUUCUAAGGAUUCCCUUUCAGUGGAGUGGUCAGAUGAUCUUGAAGGUGGGAAGGCAGUUCGUCUCUCUGGAAUUUUGGGUCAAUUAAGCUAUAGAGUCCGAAAGGCUUUAUUUGUUGGAUCUGCAAAAUGUUCCUUCAGUACAGCAUGCUGUGUUCUCAAAUCCAACGGUUCAGAUGUUGCAAGCAUUCAUUUUUUGAUUCAGAGGAUUGGAAGAGAUGUGCCUGUCGUAUCUUCUGAUACAUUCAGAGAUGGGUUUAAAAAUAGGGAUUUACCCGUUGCUUUACGAGAACAAAAGGAAAUUUUUCUUCUUCCGACCAUACAGGUGUCCAAUUUAUUACACACAGAGAUUUAUGUUGUUUUGAGUGAAACAGAUUUAUGUACAACUCGUGGCUAUGAAAACAUCGGGAAAGAAGCAACCAUAUCAUGUGGUUCAACAUGUGAUCUUUAUGCUAAUCCUGCCAUUAUUUUCUUCACUGUCACUUUAACUGCUUUUGAUACAAGCUGCAAACCAGUGAAUAGUGGUGAUUGGGUCAAAAAGUUACAAAAGCAGAAAAUUGAUGCCCAUCAUCUGGACAUUGAUCUGGAUUUUGGUGGUGGAAAGUAUCGUGCUACCUUAAGAUUGUCUCGAGGGGACCGAGGCAUAUUAGAGGCUGCUAUUUUUACAUCAUAUGCCCUGAAAAAUGAUACUGAUUUUUCUCUUUAUUUCUUUCCACCUGAUAAGAAGCCUCUAUCAAGGGAUGAAGCUGGGAAGUCUGGUUCCAACAUACCUCUGGAGUUGGGAUUACUUGUGCCUCCAAAGUCAAUUAAAUCAUGGUUAUUAAAAUCUAACAAAGUGCAGCUCAAAUUGUUAGAAGACUGUGCAUCAGAGUCACUACUAGACUUGGAUGCAUUAUCAGGUCUUACAGAGAUAAGCUUGGAAGUAGAAGAAGGAUCUGGAGUCAAAUCUACUACAAAGCUUGGGGUGUCCAUGGGGCCACUUUCAAGUAAAGUAGAUUUGCCAUCUCAAUAUGUGACCAUGGUCCCACGUUAUGUUGUAUUAAAUGAAUCAGAUGAAAGUAUCACUGUCCGUCAAUGUCAUUUACAGGAUGACAUGACAGGCAUGAUCUGUGUUAGCAGCAAACAGAGAAUAACUUUACAGCUGCGGAAUGGAGUUAGCAAGGGGACAGAGUUCAGUUUAUUUGAGAAUUUUAUUAGAAAGCACAGAAAUGCUAAUGAUGACUUGUUACUAUACAUCCAGUUUCAAUUGAAUGAUUCUGAACUUAAUUGGUCAGGGCCAGUUUGUAUUGCUUCCUUAGGACGCUUUUUCCUGAAGUUCAGGAAAAACAAAUCAAAUCAAUCCACUGCAGCAGCAGUACAUAUAACAGAAUUUGCAGCUGUUCAUGUCGUAGAAGAAGGUUCUUCUCUUGUUCUGCACUUCAAGAAACCUCCAGAUGUCAGUCUACCAUAUCGAAUUGAAAAUUGCUUGCAAGAUGUAGCUAUAACUUACUACCAAAAGGAAUCAAUAGAGACAGAGAUUCUAGAACCCAGCCGUAGUGUGAAUUAUGUCUGGGAUGAUUUGACUCUUCCACAUAAACUGGUUGUCCAAAUCAGUGAUAGUGUUGUGCGUGAGAUUAAUUUGGAUAAGGUACGACCAUGGAAGCCUUUCUACAAAUUUAGGCAGCAAAGAGGAUUGGCAUCUAAUUUAUUUUUUAAUAAAAGUUCUGGGGACCAGAGGAACAACUUUGGUGAAUUUAAUGGCGUGGAGACGGUGGAAGUGGGUUACGAAGUAUAUGCAGAUGGUCCCACGCGGGUUUUACGAAUCUCUAUCUCCGGUAGUCACAAGGGAGAGGCAGUGUUUCAAUCAUGCACAAAGAUUCAACUAAGAGUUUCCCAUUUCGCAAUCCACCUACUUGAACGUGGAAAGCAGGAUGGAGACGAGAGUGAGUUGCCAGUUUAUUCCCCGAUCAUAAUUGCGAGGCUUGGGAAUAUCAAUUUGGAUUCUGCAUUUACUGAUCGGUACAAAUAUAACCAGAUCAGUUUACAGUCAUUGUCUUUAGAGGAGAAGUGGGUAGGAGCUCCUUUUGCAGCAAUGCUUCGCAGGCAUCAGUUAGACGAUAGCAACCCAAAUGAUUGUGUACUGAGAGUUGAUUUUGUGCUGCUUUCUGCAAGUUCCAAUGUUAUACAAGUAAAAUACUCAUCUAUAGUUUUGCAGCCAGUUGAUUUGAACCUUGAUGAGGAGACAUUAAUGAGAAUCGUCCCAUUUUGGAGAACAUCUCUCAGUGACUCUACUUCUCAUAGCCGGCAGUUUUACUUUGACCAUUUUGAGAUCCAUCCAAUCAAGAUUUUUGCAAAUUUUCUUCCUGGGGAAUCAUUCUCUAGUUAUAGCUCAGCCCAGGAGACUUUAAGGUCCUUACUGCAUAGUGUGGUAAAGGUGCCUCCCAUAAAAAAUAAAGUUGUUGAGCUCAAUGGAGUGCUGGUUACCCAUGCUCUGAUAACGAUGCGUGAAUUAUGUAUCAGAUGUGCACAACAUUAUUCAUGGUAUGUCAUGAGGGCCAUCUAUAUCGCAAAAGGAAGCCCAUUGCUUCCACCGGGUUUUGUCUCUAUAUUUGAUGAUUUGUCUUCAUCCUCUCUUGAUGUUUUCUUUGAUCCUUCCCGUGGAUUGACGAAUCUUCCAGGUUUAACUUUAGGUACAUUUAAACUCAUCCGUAAGUGUAUUGAUGGUAAAGGGUUCUCUGGGACAAAACGCUACUUUGGUGAUCUAGAAAAAACUUUGAGAACAGCGGGAUCUAAUGUACUCUUUGCUGCUGUAACUGAAAUAUCAGACUCUGUUCUGAGAGGAUCAGAAACAAGUGGUUUUAAUGGAAUGGUAAGUGGCUUUCGUCAAGGAAUAUUGAAAUUGGCUAUGGAGCCAUCAUUUUUAGGAACUGCUUUGAUGGAAGGUGGUCCAGAUCGAAAGAUCAAACUUGAUCACAGUCCUGGGGUUGAUGAGCUAUAUAUUGAAGGAUACCUGCAAGCUAUGUUGGAUACUCUGUAUAGACAAGAAUAUCUUAGAGUCAGAGUCAUUGACAAUCAGGUGUUCCUGAAAAACCUACCCCCAAACAGUUCGCUCAUUGAGGAGAUUGUGGACCGUGUGAAAGCAUUCCUUAUGAGCAAGGCAUUGUUAAAAGGAGAUUCUUCAACUACUUCUCACCCCUUGCACCAUAUUCGACGAGAAAGGGAAUGGAAAAUUGGACCGACAGUGCUGACGUUGUGUGAACACCUAUUUGUGAGUUUUGCAAUCCGCAUGUUGAGAAAGCAAGCAAAUAAGUUUAUGGCAAACAUCAAAUGGAAAAGAGAAUCAGACGGUGACAAUCAUAAAGAAAUAGUCCCCGCAAGCCCCACUGAAGAUGACCCCCAGAAGGUAAAAUUCCUAUGGAAAUGGGAAGUUGGCAAGUUUGUGUUGUCAGGCAUGCUGGCAUACAUUGAUGGGCGAUUAUGUCGAGGUAUUCCGAAUCCUGUAGCACGACGGAUUGUGAGUGGAUUUUUGUUGAGUUUUCUUGACAAACAAGAACAAUGAAUGAACUACUUUUGUAUAGCUUUGUAGCCGUAAUGUGCAUGGAUGUUAUUAUUUUUAUUUUUGAUGAUGCGAUAUAGGACAAGUUAACCAGGAUUCCUUGUAAAUUUUAGUUUAUUUAUGGCUUUCCCCAGUA